UCAGAGCUGGAAUUUGAAAUGAUUUUUUUUUUUUUUUUUUUCCUGAGACAGAGUCUCGCCCUGUCACCCGGGCUGGAGUGCAGUGGCGUGAUCUUGGCUCACUGCAACCUCUGCCUCCCAAGUUCAAGCGAUUCUCCUGCCUCAGCUUCCCAAGUAGCUGGGAUUAUAGGCACCUACCACCAUGCCCAACUAAUUUUUGUAUUUUUAAUGGAGACGGCGUUUUGCCAUAUUGGCCAGGCUGGUCUCAAACUCCUCACCUCAGGCAAUCUGCUCACCUCGGCCUCCCAAAGUGCUGGGAUUACAGGCGUGGGCCACCGUGCCCGGCCUUGAAAUGAUUUAAAAAAUUUAUCAUCUACUGAUUAUCCCCAUACUCAAGGCCACAGGCCCCAGCUCAAAAGCACUGCAGUUACUCUACAAAUGACACCAGAAUUGUUCCACUUGUACUCUAUCCUAUUGGUGUGGAUCCUAGAUCAUCCCUCUCCAGCUGCUGUGGAAAGACCUUUCUGGUUUUUGGACAGCCUACCUGGGUUUCUCCCAAGAGGCAGCCUCCCUGACGACUACCCAGGGAUCAAACUCUGUAGCUCAAGGCCAAGGGAUGUCCAACCCAGACUUCUAGGAUUUGACUGCCCAAUCCAAGACCUGCUCCUCCACGACCGUUGCUCAUGUGAGAGAGAAACUAGGCAGCUCUGCACAGGAGCUGUGGCUAAGAUGUGGCAGUGAGGUCAGGACCUACAUCAGACAGACCAUCAUCAGGCACGAUUAGAUCAUCAUGCAUGUAGACAGAGAUGGCAACUAAGUGGCUGGUGAGCCUCCGCACCGCUGCCUGUGGCCUUGGCAGACAUUACUAAUCAAUUGCAUCACUGUCACACUGAGUCAACCCCAAGCUGCAGACAGCCACCAUCAGUCAAAGUUGAUACCUGGGGGGAAGUGACUUGCCAUACUUGACUCAGACGCUGACAGGAUCCAAAGUUCAGUGUGACUGUGAGUCAGAAGCCAGGCAGGAGAGCAGGAAUGUUAAAAAGCAGUGAGGUAAAGGGCAGGGCACGGGGCGGUCAGGCUGGUAGAGCAGAACUGCUGGUGGGGAAGGAGGUGAUGAUCCACAUUCAUCAGAACUUUAGUUUACAGAGCACUUUCACUAAAUGCCCACCACUCUUGAGGUAGGAGUGACUCAUUUCCAUAUCACAGGUGAGGGAACGGAGGCCAAGAGAAGGGUAUGCACCUGGCGUCACCCAGCACAGCAGCUACUGUCUUGGUCUACGGAAGACACACCUCCUCUGAGGUAACAGCCUCAGAGGUUACCGGGCCACCUCCUUGAGUCCCGCGGUUCUCGGAGCCCCACUGCGCUGCAUCAGUCCCGCCAACCGUCCUUGGCUCCCCGCACCCAGCCUGGACUCCAGGCCUUCCACUGGCCUGGCUCCCUGCACUCGCCUCAGCUCCCUCUCCCGCUCUGCUGUGCCAGACUGUCCCGGCCCAGCGCCUCCUCGGUGGAACCUGACUCUCCCCUACUCCGAAUCUUCACACAGCUUGUGGCCUGGUCCCGCCGAAACCCAAAACCCGUGCCACCAACCUCAGGUGGAACCUAGUGCUUCCCAGAGGCCCCAGGGCAUGGCGGUGCUCCCGUCUGAGAUCACUCAUUCUCGUCCCCUCCUCCCCUCAACCUCAGGUCUCCAGCCCUGGUACUUGUCCUCAGUCUCUGCUCACUGAGGAAUUAGAGGCACUGACGGGACCCCACCAUUCAGGCGGGUUGUGAGCCAGGACGCUACCCUCCGAGAAUCGGGUACAGCUAGUACCGGGCUGUGGGGUACUGGGCCCAGAGGGUGCCCUGGAAGCAUGACUACAUCCGGCUCUAGCAUCUGUGCCAAAGCAGGGUCCCCUGCGUCCUGCCCAGGGCGCCCACCUGCCCAGGACAGACGUCCCACGGGAAGUGCAUUCUCCAGAUCGGCCUCCAGAGGGCGCCGUGAUCACAGCGCUGAGCUGCCUGCCCUCAAGUCCUGCUGACGGGCCGCCUGCCCAUCUUUGUGCCAGGGCCAGGCCAAUGUUGCUUCGCAGAUGAAGGGCACCCUGCCCCAUCCUGGGCAGGACCCUGCACACAACAGGGUCACCUCCCCUUUUAUCCAGGGGAUCCGACCCCAGUGAUCUGUGGCCCAGCACCCAGGGCCUGGAGGGUGGGCAGAACUCAGCUCCUCCCUUCUUUUUUUUUUGAGACCGAGUUUUGCUCGUUGCCCAGGCUGGAGUGCAGUGGCGCAGUCUCGGCUCACUGCAACCUCUGCCUCCUGAGUUCAAGUGAUUCUCCUGCCUCAGCCUCCCAAAUACCUGGGAUUACAGGUGCCCGCCACCAUGCCUGGCUAAUUUUUGUAUUUUUUGUACAGAUGGAGUUUCACCAUCUUGGCCAGGCUGGUCACAAACUCCUGACCUCAGGUGAUCCGCCCCCCUUGGCCUCCCAAAAUGCUGGGAUUACAGGUGUUAAGCCACUGCACCCAGCCCCUCCCCAUUCUUUAUCAUCCACUGAGCCUCCGCAGCUCGGAGAGAUGGACUGCACACGGGCGCAUGUGGCAGUGCGGAGCUCAGGGCUGGUCACUCCAGGUGCUCAGGCUGACAUCUUGGCAUCUCUCAGAAGGAAGGAGGUGGAAGGUUGGGAGAUGCCCCUGCAGAGCCUGAGUGCUCUCAACAGCAGGGACCACCACUCUUUGCCCCUCCACCCAUCACAGGCCUCGCUUGGAAGGUGCCUGAGCUCUCCUCCACAGGCUGCUCCUGAAGGAGGUGGCCAGGGGCAGGGGCUGGAUAGGGUGCCCUUUUGGCCUGGCCACCCACUCCCUGGUGCCAGGCAUGCUGCACAUUCCCUGGUCUGGGUUCUGUCAUCGUGGAUGGUGGCCUUGGGCAAGCAAGACCCUGCCCAUCCCCGGCCUUGGCCUCUCUACCUGCAAACUAUGGGGGCCCUUCCCAUGGCCGGAGUUCAUGAGCAUCCCAGCCCCAGCGGCCAGGGUAAGUUCCAGCGGUGCGUGUCACCCACUGACCUGCUCACACCUGUAGCCCCGACAUCUGCCCUCUGCUUGGCCAGCAGUAGCCCCACUUUUCCAGGACUACAUGUGAAGCUGUUUGGGUGCAGGCUGCUUGUGGAGGGAGGGGACAGUGCCUCUGAAAAGAACCCACCCUCCCUCAUCCUGAGCCAAGGCCCUGCUCCCAUCCGGCCUGCAGGAAGCAGGGCGUCAGGCCGCAGGGAUUCUAUAAGCCCUGGGGCAACCACAUCUGAAACCGCAGGGACUUGUUACCGAUGCAGACACUCAGGCCCAGACCAGUGGAUUUGCUCCCCUUUCCCUCCAGGCACCUCCGGUGAUUUCAAUCCAGUGGUCAUUCUGGUCUGUCCAUGCGGUUCAGGCAAGUGGGGUGGGGCUGCAGAGAGGGCUCGGCUGCAGGCCCCAGAAAUCUACAUCCACCACCAACGCAGACCAACUCAGGCUUCCUGGUCACACCCCCAACCCCCCAGGGGCACUGGUAACAGCCUGGGGUCCUGCUCAGAGCACGGGAGUCACACAGCCUGUGCAGCCCUCCCUGCCUCUCCUGCCAGGGGAACCUGGGCAAGUCAUCGACCCUCCCAGGACCUCCAAUCCCCAUCUCCACAAUGAGGAAGGCAACAAGCAUUCCCUGAAGCUCAACUAGGAAACUGGACUGAAGGCAAGGACAGAUGUCAGAGGCUGCCUAAACAGCAGAGGCUGAGGUUUGCUUUGGGCCCGCUCUUGAGUGGGGUAGUGGCGUUCAGGUCCACCUCCUUGGCCCCCUAAUGGCAGCCCCACCCACAAGCUCACCCCUGCCUUGCCUGCCGUUGCAAAGGCCCACACCACACACACCUCAGGGCUACGUGGAUU